AUGGAUAGACCGUUCGGCCCUCGAGAGCCAGAUAAACGCCAUGCUGCAUACGAGUCCAUCUUUGGCCGCCCAAGUGCUUCCCAUCAUCAUCAGACCACCCCUCCCCUGCAUUACCCCCAAGUUCAGCUGUCCCCACAACCAAACGGUCAGCCAUAUCCUCAAUACCACCAGCCAUAUGCGCCUCAGCUAGCGAGGAGAAAGUCAAACUCCUCAAGGGCUGCGUCGGUUAACUACCCUCCACAGUACCAGGUCCCUCCACCCCGGCAGGCCUAUUACCCCUCGCAACAGGGCUAUCCUCAGUUCCAGCAGCCCUACGCCAAUUACCCCAACCCCCACAAUCUAGGAGCUCCUUCUGUGAUCAGUCGGGCAAGGUCUAUCGCAAGUUCUCCCGGGGUGAUCGUCCCUCAGCCCGAAGAACCUCCAGAUGCCGGUCUCGAGGCAUUGACACGAGCGGGCCUCACUCCUGCGCAGGCGUACCAGGCACAAGUCUACAUGAAUGACCCAAUGGGUCAGCAGUUACAGUCUCCCCAACCCGCAGAACUACCACGGCUAGGUGUAAACAUCGAAACCGACGACGGACUACUCGGCCUCGACUUUGUUGUGGAUAGCACCCCGAGCGAGCCAGGGACGGAGGAGAGCAUGGAGUUGCCUUGGCCGAAACAUCGUUCCAAACCUAGUAGCGUCCAUUCGCGACUCUCCGCUGCGUCAUCUCACGUCCCUAAUGCUGAAUUUACUUCCAUGUCCUCUUCAUCCAACUCCUCUCGCCCAUAUCCUCUCCAGGUCGACACUGCCACUACGGGGAAUGUUCCCCCUGGAGCUUCCAGUAGCUCUCCUGUAUCAUCUACUGUAGUCGACAUGUCUGGAAGUCUCAAUGGACGACGCUCGUCCGAGUCAUCGAGGACGCUUCCUGGACCCGGUUUUCGCAAAGAUCGUGCACCACAAGAUCGUUCUAGGUCAAUGUCUGCUACAAUACCACCCCAGUUUCGCGCCAUGCUCGAGUCUGGACGUAUGCCGCGACCGCCCGUACCGCCAGCGCUUGGCGGGCGAGAAUCUCCUGCGUCCACGCGGGGGCAGGCACAGCAGCGCUCUCGCACCCCGAUCGUGUACCCCGCGCUUCUAUCGCGAGUCGCUGAAGCGUUCAAAGCUCGCAUCCAGCUACAGGACCGGGUGAAGGACGGACUCACGUACAAGGACGCGUUUGAUGGGCGCGAGGCGGUUGACAAGGUCGCAUAUAUCAUCAAGACGACGGACCGCAAUCUCGCCCUUCUGCUCGGCCGUGCUCUCGAUGCGCAGAAGUUCUUCCAUGCCGUCACGUAUGACCAUCGUCUUCGUGAUUCGGCGCACGAUCUCUAUCAGUUCCGCACGAAGCUGCCGAGCCCGUUCGUAAGCGGUGAACUGGCCACCAUCGACGAUGACAACGAGGGCACUAUUAAGACCCCAGGACAUCUACUCAUCGGGGAUGGAGUCGCAGCAGAUCUUUCGGCACGCUUGAAAAAUAGUCCGACACCUUCUGCUGAGUUUGAUCCUGAUAGGACACACAAGAACAGUUCGCGGCCCACUUCACCGUCUCCUCCCGACUCGGUUACCUCGCCUACCACGCGACCUCGUCAAGGUUCGGUCUCCUCAGACGAUGUUCCUCUGCCUUCGGGUGUCUUCACUCUACUCACCGACUGCUAUUCGCCAACAUGCUCGCGUGAUCAACUUUGCUACUCAAUCGCAUGUCCCAGACGAUUAGAGCAGCAGGCCCGUCUCAAUAUGAAGCCUCAGCCGGGAUUGAAGAAACAGAUCAGCAAGGAGAGCUUGGGUGAUCUGGUGGAGCCAGGCACAUUGUGGAUCCAUACAGUACCUCAGGAAGUUGUCAAUAGUGUGUCCGACACAGAAAAGAAGCGUCAGGAAGCGAUCAAUGAGGUGAUUUACACCGAACGCGACUUCGUGCGGGACAUGGAGUAUUUGCGAGAUCUUUGGAUCAAGCCGCUCAGAGAGUCGGAUAUCAUCCCGGAACCGCGACGUACGGACUUCCUGCAGCAAGUCUUCUGGAAUAUUCAUGAAAUCAUUGCGGUCAAUACGCGAUUGCGGGAUGCACUAAACAAACGCCAGAAGUCCUAUGCUGUUGUCGAGCAAAUUGGUGAUAUCCUGCUGGAUGCUGUUCCUCAUUUCGGCCCCUUUGUUUCAUAUGGAGCUCACCAGCUGUACGGCAAGUACGAAUUUGAAAAGGAGAAGAGCUCAAAUCCCGCAUUUGCUCACUUCGUCGAGGAAGUGGAGCGACGACCUGAAUCGCGCAAGCUAGAGCUAAAUGGCUACCUCACGAAACCGACCACUCGACUUGCCCGAUAUCCCCUGCUUCUGGAAGCUGUGCUAAAGCAUACCCCUGACGAUAAUCCUGACAAAGCCGCUUUACCUAAGGCAGUCGAAAUUGUACGCGAGUUCUUGAAAUCUGUGAAUCACGAAACUGGGAAGGCGGAGAAUCGGUUCAACCUCUUGCAGCUGGACCAACAGCUAAUUUUCCGACCAGAAGAAAAGAUCGAUCUACGCUUGAAAGAAGAAGGUCGAGAACUCAUCUACAAAGGCGCAUUGAAGAAGCAGGGUGAUAGCUCUGAACUGCAAGUAUUCCUAUUCGACCACGCUCUGUUGAUGGUCAAAGCCAAAAGCAAGAUUGAUCAGUAUAAAGUCUAUCGUCGGCCGAUCCCCCUGGAGCUGCUUCUUGUCCUAGCGCCGGACGAUUAUGCUUCGGGCAAGCCUCACAAAGACCGCGAAAAGCAAAAGCUGUCGAAGAACGCCCCCCAUGCUCCUGCCAUUCCUAUCAAGGAUGCGAAGGGUGGUUUCUCUAUCACUUUCGUGCACUUGGGUCGUAAAUAUUAUCAGAUGACAUUGUUCGCAAGCACGUAUGUCAGCCAGCGCAAGUGGGUUGAGAAUAUACAGAAGCAGCAGGAUCUCAUGCGAGAACGAAGUUGGGUAUUCGAGACAGUCACGUUAAGCGAAGGCUUCUUCGUGGGUCCCAAUCGUGUUACGUGUGCUGCUCCCUUCGGCAACUCUCAGAAGACUGUCUACGGUACUGACGAUGGGGUGUACAUCUCAAAUCUCUGGGAGCGAAACCGAGAUCCUGUGAAAGUCCUUGCCCUCAAGGAUGUAACACAAGUUGAUGUCCUGGAAGACUACCAACUUCUUAUAGUACUGUCGGAGCGACAAGUCAUCACGUUCCCGCUUGAUGCACUGGAUCCAAUGGACCCAAUGGCUGGCCUCAAGCGUGGAAAACGGAUAGCAGCGCAUAUAUCGUUCUUCAAGACAGGUGUUUGCAUGGGGAAGACGCUUGUAUGUGUUGUCAAGGCUAGCCCGCUAUCGAGUACUAUCAAAGCUCUCGAGCCUAUCGACCAAAAUGUUCGUGGAAGGAACAAGCCUACAUUCCGCAAACUGCUACAAGGCGGUAAUGACACCUUGCGAGUAUUCAAAGAAUUCUAUAUUCCUGUACAAUCUAGCUCGGUUCACUUUUUGAAGACGAAGCUUUGCGUUGGUUGUACGAAUGGCUUUGAAAUUGUCGACCUGGAUACGCUGGACACACAAGGCCUGCUGGAUCCGGCCGAUACCUCGCUGGAUUUCGUGCGGAAGAAGGAAAACCUUAAGCCAUUGGCCAUCUACCGGAUCGACAACGAGAUUCUACUGUGCUAUGAUGAAUUUGCGUUCUUUGUCAACAAACUUGGCUGGUGGACGCGAAAGGACUUCUUGGUCUAUUGGGAAGGCUAUCCCACGGGCUUUGCGUUGUACUAUCCGUACCUCUUCGCAUUCGAACCGACUUUUGUGGAAAUACGGAACGUGGAGACUGGAUCGAUGACGCAGAUCAUUCAAGGCAACAAUCUACGCUGCCUCUUCGCAGACACGCCGCCAUCCGCUACGAAUACCAUGAACCAAUUCCAGUAUAACCCGUAUCAGCAGGGAUAUGGCUACAAUCAGUUCAGCCCAACCCCAAGUCCUCACAGCGGGCGUUCAUCGACUAGCAAUGGCUAUGGGCCAGUGCAGCACCAAGCGCCGUAUCCCAACUCCUAUCAGUCUCGGGCUCCGACAUCGGCCGGUCGCGACGACAUCAUCAUGGUCUCCGACGACAAAGUCAUGAGGCUGCAGAUGACUAUGUCUGCCCAGGGACAAUAG